AUGGCCGCCCCAACAACCCCCCAAGACCUCGCCCUCCCCGAACCUGCCCCCUCAAGCGGCGGCGCAUCCCAGACAUUCAAAGAUUUGUUUUCCGGCGCAGCAGGCGGAAUCGCUCAGGUCCUGAUCGGCCAACCCUUCGACAUAGUCAAAGUCCGCCUCCAAACCUCCACCCUCUACCCCUCCGCCCUCGCCGCCGCAACCUCAAUCUACACGACCGAAGGCCCCCUAGCCUUCUACAAAGGAACCCUCACCCCCCUCCUCGGCAUCGGCGCCUGCGUCUCAAUCCAGUUCGGCGCCUUCCACUACGCCCGCCGCCACCUCGAAUCCUCCCUCCCCUUCUCCCAAUCCCAACUCUCAUACUCCCAAUACUAUUCCGCCGGCGCCUUCGCCGGAGUAGCAAACUCCGUCCUCUCCGGCCCCAUCGAACACGUCCGCAUCCGCCUGCAAACCCAACCCCACGGCCCGGCACGUCUCUACUCCGGCCCGCUCGCUGCGUCAGACAGCUCGUCCGCCAGGGGGGGGGUUACCCACGGCCUCUACCGCGGACAGGCGGUCACUUUGAUCAGAGAAGCGCAGGCGUACGGGCUGUGGUUCUUGUCGUUUGAGUGGCUCAUGAAUUCGGACGCGAAGCGCAACAGGGUCGACCGUAAGGAAAUCCCGAGCUGGAAGGUGGCGCUGUAUGGUGGGCUUGCCGGGGAGGCGUUGUGGUUGGGGAGUUACCCGUUUGAUGUCGUCAAGUCAAAGAUGCAGACCGACGGGUUUGGACAGGGGCAGCAGAGAUAUAGGAAUAUGAGGCAUUGUUUCGCGCAGGUUUGGAGGCAGGAGGGGAUGAGGGGGUUUUGGAAGGGCUUGGGGCCGACGCUGCUGAGGGCCAUGCCUGUCAGUGCGGGGACGUUUGCCGUGGUGGAGAUGACGAUGAGGGCUAUUAACUAG